UGCUAAUGCAUACUGUCAUUUAUACCCUCAAUUUAUAUGUGAAAUCUUGAAACAGAAACUCCUACUCCUCCUCUGUACUAUCUUUCAUCGGGAGUAGCGUUGAAUGUUGCUCGAUCAUGAGAGAGAUCGUCUUUCGAGAUGGAUCACGGAAACAAGACAAGCAACUUGAAAGUCUCAUCAUGAAGAAAGAAAAGGAUGCGCCGUCAUAAGAAAGAUGAGGCUUCUUUGUUCCCGGAGCCUCGUGCUCUGUUUGGGACUUGUUGCACGGUUAUUCCCUCUGCUGGACGUUCUUCAUGAUCUUGGUGUUGUUGAUGCUCAAUGCCGGCCAACCGACAGCAACAACAACUCUGGAGACCAGAAUAAGUUUGAGGAUGCUGAAGAGGAUUUCGCUUUGCCGGAAUCCUCCUCAGCAAAUCAACCGCGCCCUCCGCCUCCUGGCGAGGAUGAAAGCAUCACCCAAGUGUUGUUUCACCAAGAGAAUGCGUAUUUGUAUCGCGAUCCCGCUACGAACAUGCAGUACAUGCGUGCGGACGACUACCUCAAAAUGGACGAAACUAGCCUGCUGUCGGAGAAAUACCGCGCAAGGUUGGACUUUACGAACUGGCGCGAGAUGUCCACGUACGACCAGGAAUUGUGGACAACGCACGCAAAACGGAGUUUUCAGCACAUUUACAGCACUGGAAAGUGGGGAUUCGGUCGCGAAGCGGAUGAGUGGGACGAAUUACACUCACACGAAUGGGAAUGGGACGCUGAAGAGCAGAGACAUCGAAGAAACAAGCAGAUGUACGCAAGGCACGCGACAUUAUGGCGCUGCGGUUUUUUUGGAGUCGGUGAAUUACCGUCUUGUUCUUCGAAGUAUUUGUUUCUCACAUCUGCACCUCCUAAAAAGCAUAAGAAGGCGUAGAAAUGGAUUACAAAAGGGAUAUUCAUGACCCCAUUUCUUCGUUUCAUAGUAUUCUGGCAGUGAUCCGAUGCGUCGGAUGGGUACAGCGGGUAGCGGCAGCGUCGUGGAGCACACAGAAGGACUUCGGCGUACUCUGAGCAACUUGAUCUUGGAGCUAAACCUGAACAAAAUGUUUGACUUCGCCUGUGGCGACAUGAUGUGGGCUGCUGAGUUGGUGAAAAGCGUGAACGCAAACCACCAGGAAACCGGUCGCGGCCCGUUCCACUACAUUGGCAUGGAAAUCGCACCUUAUGAAGCAAGGCGACACGAAAAACGCUUCAAAGACGACCCUUUGGUUCACGUAAUCAACGGAGAUUUCUCAAACUUCCGGUUUUGGCGCAACUUUUCCGAUAUCGCUUACAGCGAAAUUGACUCUAGAUCCUCGUAUCAAGUGGAAAGUGAAGCCCAACGAGCGCAUCAAGAGGGGUCUUUGUUGUUCAUUCGCGACGCUCUUCAGCACGUUUCGAUGGCGCAGAGCUGCAAAUUUUUUCAUAAUGUCUACCGGUUCCGGCGGAACCUGUACCCGGGAGUCCGGUAUCUCCUUCUCGGGGGUUACGAUACGGGACAACCAAAUGAGCGGGCUGUGCCCACACCGGGAGCCUGCGAGAACAAUCCGACGACAUGGCCCUACCGUUUGCCUGGUUUUAUACGCCAUUUUCCUGAGGAAGACCGCCCAGAAACACUAGAAACCCGCUUCCCGAACGAUGCUGAAGGCAAAAUCGUCGAGCGCAUUCUCCACAAACGGUUAUUUCUCUACGACAUAGCGAUGUGGGGCGCAAAAACGAAUAGUACGACUGGUACAAAAACGUCUAGAGAACCUACUGGGUGGUCUACCACUGCGAGUAAUGUUUCUCCUGCCGCAUACUUAGAUGAGGAGGAUUCGUUUUUGCAAGCCGAAGGUGUUGUAGAAGGUAUCCAGAGUGAACGAGAUGGCUCACAAGGAGGUAGGAUUCCCGCAAUGCCUCCUGUCGUAGUGGCGAAGAAAUUCCGAAACAUCAACGACGGGACCUUAGCAGAAUUCGACCCGUGUCUUGUCUAAGCCACAUCCUAACUACCUCGUACUAAGUAUUAGAUACAUGGUAGACCAGAAAAAGUACCUACAGCUACAAGUUAGUAGAUGUAGAUCUCAAGAAGUGUCGUGCUAUUUGAGUUACAACAUUUUUGAAGAUUCAUCGUAUCCUUUCCAUCCUAGCCUUUUCUUACUUUCCAUCCUAGCAAUAAUCUUUCUUGUGGUACUUAUUCAAUUAGUGCACGAUAGUCGUGUGAAAUAUCUUCUUACAACAGCUUUUGUUCUUUCUUUCUAUCUCGAUUCUGACCCUGAUCAACGAAGACAAACUCGCUUAAGGUUUAUAUAAUAUAGAUAAUAUACGCAAAGAUGAGUUGCUUGAUACUUCCAACAACUUCCAUGUCAGCUUGCGCGUUAUUGUAAGGUAAGAUCAUCGGCACCUUUGAAGAGGAGUGAUGGGGAAGGACCGCUGUAGACUUUGACUUGGCACUCGUGAUGAUCUGAUGACCUACCCGCCUAGUAUCAAAGACGAAAAGCCGGUCGCGCUGCAGGAG